AGGUGGACGUCCAUCCGAGGCGAAGGUCUUUUGUUUAAUUUCCACCUCCUUCUUGUUGCCCCCAAGUUCCAUUAUAAAACCGAGGACAAUUCCCAUAUGCGCAAUAACUUCAUAUUUGCAUAAUAUUGCAUUGGUCUCUUCACCUUCUGCAAUCCUUAGUUAUCAAAUACUGUAUAUUCUCUAAGUCUAAUCAAUUUAGAACAGAUCACACCAUGUCCAGGAUUCAUCCUUCUGAUCAGAGUAGAUGCCACGGCCAUUCGUUGUUGAAAGAUCACAACGACAGCAGGCGGCCACUUCAUGAUCAUGAUGAACAUCAUCCGUUAUUACCACCUCCGUCUGUGCUCACUGUAUGGAAGAGAUCCAGCAUGAGCUUCCAGGGUACAGACGGAUUCACCGUUUUUGAUCCGCACGGAACAUUAGUUUUCAGAGUUGAUAAUUAUUCCAGGAAGAAUGGUCAUGGUCUUGUACUCAUGGACGGAGUUGGCAAUGCCUUGCUUUCCUUGAAACCCAAGAAGCUAAGCAUGCAGUAUCAGUGGAAUGCUUACAUAGCAGAAGAUGGGUGCGAAAAGACCAGAGUAUUCUCAAUGAGGAGCCCAUCAGUGCUCUUCCACUCUGCUGGCCGCAAACAUGUUGCAGAGAUCUUCAUGGGAGCACAAUUAGGUCGUCACCAUCAAAACACGCCAAAUUUCAAGAUUGAGGGGUCGUUUAGAUCAAGGGAUUGCAAGAUCGUCAAGGCUUCUACUGGGGAAGUAGUGGCAAAGAUAUUCAGGAAGAGAGUGAACAACACUACGAUUUUACUGAGCGAUGAUGUGUUUAGCUUGGUGGUCCAGCCUGGUUUCGAUUCACACCUUAUCAUGGCCUUUGUAAUUGUAUUAGAUCGCAUCAGCAGCAAGCCUUUUUCUCCUGUUUUGUGUUCUUAAUGAAUUAAUUGAACCCAUCUUGUAAUUUCAUAUAUAUAUAAA